AUGCCCGCCUGCCAUGGCUGCCGAGUACGCAAGGUCAAGUGCGAUGAUGGAAACCCCUGCUCGCCAUGCCGCCAGUUUGAUGUGCAAUGCAUCAGAUCCACUGCCCCAAGGAAACGUCAGAACCCGAAGCGCGGGCGUCUUGUAGCCCAGGCCAGAGAAGCAAACCUCCAGCACCAACAGCCAAAUGCACUCUCGCCAAGCGCUUCUGUGUCCCCCUCGGCAGUUCACUCAACGCCUCAUGCGGCUAGUGAGUGGCCGCCAGGGAGUAGCCCUGGUUCGGCGAUAUCAGGCCCCUAUUCGCCAAACUCUGAGGCAUACACCACAGGCUUCUUUCACUCGUUGCUGCCCGAGUUUGAGAAGGUCGUAUAUCCUUUCAGCCCUGCCAUCACUCCUGAUGAAAUUGUCAGAUCAAUAUCAAUGAUGCAUCACAACUUCGAGGAUGCAGCUCUGAUAUACGCCUAUGCAGCUGUUACAACAUUUCUAUCACAAACCGCGGACAACUCACAUGGUAGUGUAGCGGCGCAAAUAAACAACCUGGUAUAUCAUAGUCUCGAAGCACAACAUCGUGCUGCCGUUGGCUCCCAUGGACCAGGACGUGUAGAUGAGGUAAUGCCUCACAACAUCAAGCGCAUCGUGACAUGCAUCUACCUCGAGAUAUCAACUAUGGGACUGCCUCGACUCGACCGAAGUUUCAGCUUCAUCCGGGAGGCUAUAUCACUAAUUCAGAUCAUGGAGGCUCACCAGCGCACAUUACCAGAUCCUACUCGGACACCAUAUCCUAUGGCCCGAUUCCAGCAAGUCUAUUGGGAAGCCUACAUCCACGAGAGGUUCCUUACCAUCGCUGAUGGGUACCCCAGUAUCAUGGGGCCUCUACACACCAAUCUUUCAGCACCGGACUCUUCUACACCAGAACAUAUUCGAGUGGGCUUCAACUGCCUAAUAGAACUCUUCCUAACCUUGGAUGAGACGUUCCUCGCAUGUUGGCAGUCUCAAAGAGGUGCAAUCGGCGGGUUGACGGUGCAGUGGAUUGAAAGCAAGCAAGUGCAACUUGACCAAGCUGAGAUGAAUGCUGCAGCGGCCGAGGCAAGGAUGCAUUCCGAGGGACACGCAGGUUUCACAGAACUACAGCGUGCGGAUCUCUUCAUCACUAGACUCUGGCUUCGCACGUUGCUCUGGCAAUUAGCGCUCUCGCAAGGACUUUUGCGUUCAGGGUCUUCAGAUACGACCCACGAAGGCCUAUCGCUGCAGUUCCCGGCGUCUCGAUUAUCAAUACAACUCCGCAGCUUGGUCGGGCAGUUGGAUAGUAUUGUGAGUAUAGCGACGCAAGGCAGCGGUAUCAUACAAAAGCUCUUUGAGAUCGCCAGCACAAUUGCCGACGUGCUCGCUCUACCUUCAGGGCACAACCAAGCAGAGGAUGAACUGAGACCACAUGUCAAGGACUUUCUUUACGUGGUCAACUUUUUGCUAGAUCUGGGGUUGAUGAGAGAAAAUCAGAAGGAUUAUCUCCGCGAGAAAUAUCACAUGUUACAGCCGUUGAACACCGAGGGAAGGAUGCCUGCACAUGCUGUAAACGUUAUGAUCCUUCGUAUCGAGCAAAUGAUUGACGAGGCAUAUAUUGCUCGCCCUCAGGACGAAUCUCAAGCUGAUACUGCAGCCACCAAUGAUGCUCUAGACGACGUUUUUGGCUCGGGACCUUCAUCUCCCACCGAAUUUCGCCAUGACGAUGAGUCAGCAACAUCACACCCCUCAGAUAUUCGCCGUUUGCAAACAGAGCACACAACUGCUGGAUACCGCGAGGGUAUUACCGUUUCAAAAGAAAGCAGUCUUCAAGCUGGAUUUGACGAGGGAUUCAGUCUUGGCGCAAGCGUUGGCAUGAGAGCAGGUCAAACUCUGGGCUUGCUCGAAGGCAUCAACGAAGCGGUUCGUGGUCUUAACGAAGUAGAUUCUUCCAAGAUCGCCGAACUCCUGAAACAAGCACGCGAAGAACUCAGUACACAAGGCUUGUUCACGCCUGAGUAUUGGUCCGAAGAUGGUAACUGGAAAUAUGAAGUCACUCCAGCUAUGGGGGCCGAAGAUGUUGUGUUCUCAGAUGUGGCUGAUGCGCAUCCACUUGUGAGGAAAUGGACGAAGAUUGUGGAUGAGCAAGUCGCUAUGUGGAAGAUAGAUAGGAGCAUCUUGGAUGAUGAGACUGGGGUUAGGUUGGAGAGGGAUGAACCACUUGGUUCCGGGGCUGCACUGACAGCAAAGAAGCCGUUAGAUUGGUGA